UCCUCACUGCCAGUACUACUCUUCAGUCGGCUGGCAUCGGGCAGGCGCUGCAAGUUGUUUUGCUCUCCUCUGAGUUUUCGAGAAAAUGGCUGAUGCGGCCGUCAGUGAUGCGCUGCAGACGGUGUCUGAAGCAAACGGCCUCUUCACCUCGGACAUCUACAGGGUGCUGGCGGAGGAAGAAGGUAACUUGUUCUUCUCGCCAUGGAGCAUACAAGUAAUACUUUCUCUUACAUUUCUUGGAGCUGGCGGAAACACGGCGAAAGAGAUGGCGAGUGGACUUCGUCUUCCAGAAGAUAAAAAUACUACUGAGCAGGGUUUCAGUGAAACACUGAGUCAGCUAAAGGAUGUCAACGACGUCACGCUAAGAGUAGCCAACAAGGUGUUCGUGAAGAAAAAUUUUGAGAUUUAUGAGGCGUUCAAGCAGUCUGCUGGGAAAUUCAUGGCUGGAGUGGAAGAGAUGGAUUUUGUACAAGGUGGAGCGGCUGAAAUAAUAAAUAGCUGGGUGGAAAAAGUAACAAAUGGAAAAAUAAAAGACAUAAUUCCAUCUGAUGCCCUCAGUGAGCUCACUCGUCUGGUACUGGUCAACGCCGUUUAUUUCAAGGGUAACUGGAUCAAGCAGUUUACUAAAAGCGCUACAAGACCUGAACUUUUCUACCCAGAAUCACAACCAGCAAAAAAUGUGGACACCAUGUUCAUCAAGGACAGAUUCAGUUAUGCACUCAUAAGUGAACUGGAUUGUCAGGCCUUGCUUCUUCCCUACCAGGGUCGUAGAAUAAGUAUGUUGAUACUUCUGCCCCGAGAAUUAAACGGUCUACCGAAUGCUGAGAAGAAACUUACAGAUGUAAGUCUUCAACAAAUUAUGUCCAGAAUGUACAGGCCUGAAGUGAUUGUACACUUACCUAAAUUCAAAAUGGAGUACAAGAAGGAACUUAAAGAAACACUAAUGAAACUCGGCAUGACUUCAUUGUUCGGUGAUGCCGCAAAUUUUUCUGAAAUCGCCAAAGAGGGACUUAAAGUGGACCAAGUACUGCACAAGGCUUUCAUCGAGGUUAACGAAGAAGGUACAGAGGCUGCUGCUGCUACUGCUGUUAUCCUUGGCGCAACUUCCCUACAACACACACCACCACAACCAAUCAUCUUCAGGGCGAACCAUCCAUUCCUAUUCUACAUAGUGGAUCAAAAGACGAAGGUGGUGCUCUUCGCGGGACGUGUCUCCGAUCCUUCACUUUAAGAAGGCUCCUAUGGUUCAGCAAAAAGAGUUUGUGUUCUGAUGUCACCUCAGUCAUCUCCACUUCAGCGAUAUGCCAUAACAAUUUCUAGUAUGAUAAAAAAAUAUA